GCCUGGCUUGGCGCUAGCAGACGACAUUCUUGUUGACGUUGUUUGACAGACGUGGCCACUUCCGUUUCCGGCCACGUAAAAUAUGGCUGCCCACCGAUGAGCUACCAAAGUUGUUUUGAUUUUGAGCAGUAAAAGCGGCCGUGUACAUAAUUUGUUGAGAGUCGAGAGAUUUAGAUAAUUUUAGACAAUGAAAAUGUCGUGUUAUAAGCUCUUUGUAUUUUUCGUAGUAAUAGUAUGCUCCGUCAUUUCCUCUGGAGCCGUAGAAUUAACCUUCGAAUUGCCGGACAACGCAAGAGAGUGUUUUUAUGAAGAAAUUGCAAAGAAUGUUUCUGCUACUUUAGAGUUUCAGGUGGUGACUGGUGGGCAAUAUGAUGUCGAUGUUACUUUAGAAUCCCCCACCAAAGAGGUAAUCUACAGACAAGUGAAACAGCAGUAUGACAGCCAUAGAUUUACUGCGGAGGUUGAAGGAGUUUAUGCUGCUUGUUUCUCCAACGAAUUCUCCACAUUCUCCCACAAGUUAGUUUAUGUCGAUUUCCAAGUUGGAGAUGAAAGGCCAUUGCUUCCUGGGAUGGGUGAUCACGCUACUGUGAUGACGCAGAUGGAGUCGUCUAUCACGGAAGUCCAUGAGAGCCUGAAGAAAGUCUUAGAUUAUCAGACACAUCAUCGACUUCAAGAAGCACAGGGACGCAAGAGAGCUGAAGAUCUGAAUGAAAGAGUACUGUGGUGGUCACUACUAGAAACUGUGGCUAUUUGCACUAUUGCCAUUUUUCAGGUGGUAAUUCUUAGGAACUUCUUCUCAGAAAGGAAACCAUCAGUGAUGUACAAUAAAAUGUGAUUGAACUGUUAGAUUUAAAAUGGAAAUCUGUUAGCCCAAUUUUACUUAUUGCUUUGCUGAGUUAUUGGUUUUGCUGAACAUUUAACUUGAAUUUCAAAAAUUAUUUCUUAGUAUGUACUUGUGUAUUUCUCUUAGUCUUAGUCCUGGUCUAAACAAAUUUUUUUUUGUAGCAUAAUCUUUUUAACAAUCUUCCAAACAAUCCCAUGUUAUUGUUAACAUGAAAUUAAAAGGUUCUAUUAUUAUUAAUAUGAAAGACUUUCUCAAAGUAUCAUUGAUACAGUGUUUCGUCUUUUCAGAUAAAUAUUCAUUUCUUUUUUUUUAUGACCAACUCAGCAUAGCAUUAAAAAUCAAUCAAUUACCUAAUUUCAUUGGACUGCACACUCAGUUGGAAGACUGACUUAAAGGGAAAUAAUUAAUUAGAUAUUGUUGAUUUUUGUUUACAUGAAGUAGGGUGGAUGUUGAAUGAAAGUGGCUUUUAUUGGAUUUCAAAGUGUUCGCCUCCAGUGUCAUCAUGUGUUAAAAGUAUUAUUUUUUUUCUUUGUUAAUUUUUCUUGUUCCACUUAUGAGGUUGUGCAAUUGUAGUAAUCCACUUUGUUGAUGGGUGAUUGCGUCCCCAUCUCUCUGUGACUGACUUCUCAUUGUUUCUGUUGCAUCAAAUUUAUCACCUUUCUUUAGCCCGUGGUACUGAACCUGUGCGCGUUAACUUAAUUCACUUUAACUAUGCAGUUGUCAAUUCUUUGUACUUGUAUGUACCAAUAUGUACUGAGAGUGGUUUUAAACCAUUGUCAUUCAAUUUCAUGUAAUCUAUCUAAAGUAGCCUUCUUAAAGUGAACUGCAAGGCUCAGCACUCACAUUAUCUGACGUUGAAUCUUUAUUUUCAACCUAUUCAUCAAGUUCUAUUUCUUCAUCAUGUCAGUCUGAAUAAAAAACAGUAAUAAGACCAA